AUGGCCGACUCCCCCGAGUUAGCUCGUGCUCGGGACGUCCUGAGCGUCAGCGCCGACGAGCACGCGCGGGUGGACGCGCUCUCCUCCGCCGCAUCCGCAUCCCUAUCACAGUCCACUACUCAUCUGUCGCCGAGCUUCUUCGAGGGAUUCGCGCUGCGCGGGAUCCGCGUCCUCCGCCUCCACCCGGGCUUCAUCCACUGCUCCUACACCGUCCCCCCGAGCCUCACCGACUCCACCACCGGCUGCCUCGCCGCCGGCGCCGUCGUGGCCCUGGUCGACGAGAUCGGCUCCGCCGCCUCCAUCUCCGAGGGCCAAAACCUCAAGGUCUCCGUCGACAUGUCCGUCGCCUUCCCGGAUCUCUCCCAGGCCCGCCCGGGGGACCGGCUGAGCAUAACGGCAAGGGCACUCGGACACAAGGGCGCCUACUCCGGCACACACGUGCUCUUCACCAACGCCGGCACCGGCAACGUCGUCGCCGAGGGCAGGCACUCCCUCUUCGGUAACAUGAAGAAGUCGCCACCACCCAAGCCAGCGGCCACUACUCACAGGAGCAACUUGUGA